AUGGAGAAAACUUGUAACGCAAGGGAAAAGCGUCAAGACAAUCCCAGCUUGUUAGAUGUUGUAUUCUCUUGGACUCUAAAUGAUGUUCUCAACGAAAAUCUUUUCAAACACGAGGUGCCGAAAAUCCCUCAGACAUUUUCGUCAACAAAUGAUUACAUGGAGUCAUUCAUUCCUUCAUUGAUUGAGGAAACACACAGUGAUCUGUGGUCAAGCUUGAUAGGAGUGUCUCAUGCUCCUUAUUGUGAGAUCUUGUCAAUCGAAAGGUCCAAGGACUUCGAAUAUCCCAAAGACUUGCUCUAUCAGAUUACAUUGAAGAGAACGACUAAUAAUGUGGAAGAUGUAGGAAAAUAUGAGCCUGAGGGAGGAGAUCUCAUUGCCUUCACAAAUAUUAGACCGAGAAGCAUUCAUGACUUGAACAAGCCCAAAAGGUUCUUCCAUUUCGCUUAUGUUCAUAAGUCAAAAGAUGGAUUUAGUGACGAGAUCCCCGUACUGUCAUCCAAGUACAUGGGCAAGGAUAUUGAACAUGACUUGAAAAACAAAACACAAAAGCUUUAUGCUGUCUAUCUUUUGAACAUGACCACAAAUAAUCGUAUCUGGAAAGCCUUGAACUCAGAGUUUGAGGAUGCAAGCUCGAACAUUGUUAAAAAAGUGCUGCAAGCUUAUUCAAAGAGCGGAGAACAAUGUCGCAUUUGUUUUUCUGGAGAAAAUCACAGUAUCCGGGAUCAGAGUCUGAAUGAAUCACAAAAAGAUGCGGUUUUGAAUUGUGUUAGUAUGAGUAAAUGUCAUCAUAAUGACACUAUUAAGCUUAUAUGGGGACCACCGGGGACCGGCAAAACAAAGACGGUUGCUUCCAUGCUGUUUUCCCUGCUGAAGUUAAAAAACAGAACAUUGACAUGUGCUCCAACUAAUACUGCAGUGGUGACAGUGGCUGUUCGCCUUCACGGCAUGGUCAAGGAUUCACUUGAGUUUGAUAAAUAUGGGCUUGGUGACAUUGUGCUAUUUGGCAAUAGUUCUAGAAUGAAAAUAGGUUGUCAUCCUGGUCUUGAGGAUAUCUUUCUAGAUUUUCGAGUGGAUCAUCUGUUUAAAUGUUUUUCUCCUUUCACUGGUUGGAAACAUCACUUGGAAUCAGUGAUCAGGUUACUAACGGAUCCCGUAAAUGAAUAUGCUCGAUAUAAUGUGAAUGAAGAGGAGGAGGAUCUUAUGUCAUUAGAAGAAUUUGCGAAGCGAAGUUGCAGUGAAUUAGAACAUGCAUAUCGUUCGUACAAGCAACGUGAGACUGAGAAGAGUCGUUAUCCUAUGACAUUAGAACAAUUUGUGAAGCUGAAAUUCGAUUAUAUUCUAGAGCAAUACGAUAUGUACAAGCAUGAUAAGAAGAAAAGGAAUGUAACAAUGGAGCAGUUUGUAAAGCAGAACUUCAGUUUCAUUAAGUUAUUAAUGCGAACCUUAUAUACGCACUUACCAACAUCUUUCAUUUCAAUUAUGGUGGUGAAGAACAUGCUUAGAGCUCUUGAUUUACUAAAUUCUCUGGAAAUUUCCAUGCGUCGAACCAAGUUCAAACGAGAUCUACAUGAGUGUGAAGAUGAACAAUGUUUUCUUGACUGCUUUGGAUGGUCAAGCUUAGAAAGAGAAGAGUGCCUUAGCACCCUGAGUUCAUUUUCUCUGUCGAUUUCACUUCCCAACCUUUCAAGCAAAGCCGAAAUAUCAAAAUUUUGUUUGAUGAAUGCGUGCCUUGUUUUUUGUACGGCAUCAAGUUCUUCUAAAUUGUACACCGAAGGAAUGACGCAAGUGCAAUUUUUAGUAAUUGAUGAAGCAGCACAACUGAAAGAAUGUGAAUCAACAAUUCCGUUACUGCUACCAGGCCUCCGUCAUUGUAUCCUCAUAGGGGAUGAGAAACAGCUUCCUGCAUUGGUCAAAAGCAAGAUUGCUGACAAGGCUGAAUUUGGGAGAAGUUUGUUCGAGAGGCUGGUAUCGUUGGGUUACGAGAAGCAUAUGCUUAAUGUCCAAUAUAGAAUGCAUCCCUCCAUUAGUUCAUUCCCAAGUAAAGAAUUCUAUGGUGAACAACUUUCUGAUGCCCCCAUUGUCAGAGAAAUAUUCUAUAAUAAGGGUUUUCUUAAAGGUGAAAUGUAUUCUUCCUAUUCUUUCAUAAACAUAUCUAAGGGUAAAGAGCAGUUCAAUCGUGGAAACAGUUCGAAGAACUUGAUUGAGGCUGCUGCUAUCUCCCACAUAAUUGGAAGCCUUAAAAAAGAAUUUAUGAGGACAAGGGAGAAAGUAAGCAUAGGAAUUAUAUCUCCAUAUAAGGCUCAAGUUUAUGAAAUCCAGGAGAAAGUUAAGCACUACAGUUCGGUUUCUGAUCCUGACUUCUCUGUCAGUGUUCGUUCCGUUGAUGGCUUUCAAGGUGCUGAAGAAGAUAUUAUAAUAAUCUCCACUGUUAGAUCUAAUGGAAGUGGGAAAGUGGGUUUCCUUUCCAAUAGGCGUAGAACAAAUGUGGCUCUAACAAGGGCCAGAUAUUGUCUUUGGAUAAUAGGAAAUGCAUCAACUUUGAGCAAUAGCGACUCUGUAUGGGGAAAAGUAGUUCUUGAUGCUAAGAAAAGGGACUGUUUCCACAAUGCUGAUGAUGAUAAGGAGUUGGCUCGGGCUAUUGAGGAUGCCUUGCUUGAGCUUGAACUACUUGACGAAUUCGAGACCCCAUUUAAGAAACUCAGUCUAGGGAACAAGCCAGAGACAGGUGUUAUUUCCUCCAGGUAA